AUGAGCAGCCUGGAUGCCAUCCGGGAGGGCUACGCACGCUUUGAGCCCCACGCCUACCUGCACAACAACUACGUGCCCCCCCGCGCCGACUUCUCCUCCGAGGAAUGCGUGGUGCCCUGGAAGCUGAGAUGUUUGGCCGAAACCUUCGCCAGCGGUGAGAUCUGUGGGCGCACGCUCAUCGACGUGGGCUCGGGCCCCACCAUCUAUCAGCUGCUGAGCGCCUGCGAUCACUUCGAGGAGAUCGUGGCCACCGAUUUCCUGGAGGUGAACCGGGAGGAGCUGCGGCGUUGGGUGCGGGGUGAGCCUGGAGCUUUCGACUGGAGUCCCUUCAUCCAGCACGUCUGCAAGAUCGAGGGGCGCGGGGAGCCCUGGCAGGACAAGGAGCAGCGGUUGCGGGGCCGCCUGCGGCGCAUCCUCCCCAUCGACGUGCACCAUGCAGACCCACUGGGCGCCCCACUGCGCCCCCCGGCCGAUGCUCUGCUCUCCACCUUCUGCCUGGAGGCCGUCAGCCCCGACCGCGCAGCCUUUGGACGAGCGCUGGUGAAUGUGGGCUCAAUGCUGCGCCCGGGGGGCCACGCCGUGCUGCUGGGGGCUCUGGGGGAGUCCUUCUACCUGGCGGGCGCCGCGCGGCUGCCCGUGGUGCCGCUGGAUGAGGAUGACGUCCGCGGGGCUCUGAGCGAUGCUGGGUUCACCCUCCUUGAUUUCCGCUCCUAUCCCAUGCCCCCCGCGCUGCGCACCGGCGUGGAUGACGUCGAUGGAGUGUUCUUUGUCCAUGCACAGAAACCACUGGAAGGCUGA